AAUAAGGAUUACCGACCCACCGAAAAAUAGUAACAUGAAUAUCUCACGUGAAAUAACUUCCGUUUGAUGUCAUUUGUUUGUUGGGUUAAUGAUUUAUCGAUAUUCUCCAACUAAUGAGUUGUAAAGAAGAUUGAAAAGAACACACAACCUUUAUCAAACGUGCAACUAGGUCUUCUGCAGUCAGCGUUUUUUUUAAAGCCCUUUCCUAGGUUUGACAGUGGAUGGAGGGUUUUCAUAGAGAAACGAUCUAUUGUGAUUUGGAAGGUGCAGAAUUGGACAUUCCUGAAUAGUAUAGCCAGGCACAGUGUAGCUUAAAUGGGCUUAUAUAACCUAUAUGGGUAAACAUCUUUAGACACAGUAAGCCUGUAUUUAAUGUAAAAUAUGUGCCUGUUAACAAUUCUACAAUUCCAAAUUAAGUCAAUUCUACAGUUCCCAAUACGGAGAAUGAUUUGAUUUCCAUCGUAAGCUCAUUGUUAUUGUGCUUAAACAAAUUAACAAGUUUGUGAAUUGAACUCAAGCCAUUACUUGAAUAAUAUUUGUCAAUUGCUGUGUGGACGACCAUGGCAUACAUAAGAAUUUGGAGUUUUAUUUAGUAGAACAAAAUAUCAUGUGCUGAAAAGAAAUUGAUGAAAUUAUAUCGAAAAUAUCAAGUGUCCUGAAAUAAUACAUGUGAAAAAUACCCAACCUGACUGGUUAUAACAUUGACUGAACAGCAUUGAAAUCAUCGGAUAUAAAUACGGGGCGUUCUCUCGGGCAGGAAAAAAAAGUGUCGCGAGAUUAUGAGUACAAAUAUUGUGACCGAUUCGGGGAAGGAGCCGGAAAAGAAGGCGAGAAAGAAGUAUUGAAAGUUACUACCAAGGUUCAAAAUGUCGGGACGCUCAGUUCGAGCGGAGACUCGCAGCCGCGCUAAAGAUGACAUGAAGAAAGUCAUGGCAGCCAUCGAGAGGGUUCGUAGAUGGGAGAAGAAAUGGGUGACUGUAGGAGACACAUCUUUGCGGAUAUUUAAGUGGGUGCCAGUGGUGGACAGCAAAGAGAAAGACAGGAGCAAGGUUGGUGUGGGAGGAGCGAGAGAGCUGAAGAACUUUUCCGCAAACAAGGUCUCGGAAAAAGCUCGCUCAGUCCUGCUGGACUUUCAGGAUGAGAACAGCAACCAGAGCUCCCUGUCGGACGCCUACCAGCCCAAAGUGGACAGCAGCAGCAGCUCCAGCCCCCAGCCCAGUGAGCCCGUCAGCCCCGCCCACAUCUCCGACUUCCGAACCGACGACUCCCAGCCCCCCACCCUGGGGCAGGAGAGCUUAGCGGACUCGGAGACGUCGAUGCCGAUCUCCGCCGAUGCCGAUGAGCCUCCGACGCUGAUUAAAGAGGACUCGCUGGCUCUCGCUGUCCAGGAGGAAGAGGACUGUUCUGGAGGCCCACCGUUAAAGAGAGUCUGUACGGAUGAGAGCUCGGUCCUGCAGACCACGCCCCUGAGCUAGCCCACAAUGCACUUCACCCGGCCCCAGAGUGCACUGCCGUCUCUGCGGUUCCGCUCCCUUCGGCUGCGACGGACACGCCCAGGACCACACGCCUCAGUAUUCUCCUGCGUUUGAAGUAUUUUUUUUGAAGUGUUUUUUGUUUUCAUUUGUGUGAAUUUUUUUUUUUUCUGUUGCCGCCAAACCUUUGGGCACGAUAUCACAUUCACAGGAUAACUGUUACCCGAGUGAGCCAUAUUGUAUUAGGGAGGCAGUCCAGCCCUAAACUUAGCAUGGCAUAAACAAAUGUAAGGCACAUGUUUCAGCUUGUCUUGUAAAUUUCUAUGACUGGAAAUUAAUAUGCGUGUAUUUAAACGAUAGCUUUAUAUGUUGGGUUUGUAUGGCCUGUACUGCCAAGUGCCUAGAGUACUUAAAGGCUUUUUUACAAGUAGAUGAAAAACCAUCAUGCCCUGUUUUGUCAUUAAUUCUUUUUAUUUUUGUUUCAGCCAAGCCAAAUAUGAAUUUGGAAUACAUUUUAAUCUUUUUUUGUCAACGGGAUAUUUAACAUUUGGACGAAUACUGCUUUCUGUGUGCGGAGUAAUUCCUAUAGGUACAGUCUUUCAAAUGGAGCAAAUAAAUUGUGGUUUCAUAUGUACAGUAUAUAUAGCAGUUGAAAUUGUGUGGAGUUUUUCUUGAAGUGAAAGUUCAUUCAGGUACACUUUAGUUCACUUGAGUAGUCCAGUCUUUCUUUGGAUUUGUUUUGGGUCUGAUGGUUUUUUGCGCUAACUUGUGUUCCCAUUUAAAAGACAUCUAAGAGUUUUGAUUUUUCUUGUAUUUUUGACAGAUCUUGAAAGUGCUUUUCUCUAUAUUAUUUUAAGUGUUCUCAUACUGAUCUCAGCGUUAAGACCAGUAUAUUUUUUUUUUCUGCAAUACCACUGUUUUACAUGAAAUUAUAAUGUAGAGUUUCUUGUGAGGAUAAAUUGUUUCAAUUAACAGUUUGCUUUUAGUGUGCACACUGAAAGCAAUUUUCAACGCUUUAUUUUUUAUUUUUUUGGCAGUAGGGAAUUGGAACAUGUAAGUUAUUAAACAAUUUUGUGUUAUUGGUGAUAUUUUAUAUGAUGAAAUGUGCUGUACCUUGCAGUUUCUUUAAAAAAAGAGUAUUUUGAAUUGAAUUCUUUUCAUAAUUUAUGGAAGAGUGGCUUUACGUUUUUUAAACGUUUUCAGUGAAAGAGCCGGUCAGUUCCCACUUGCAUCCACAUAUUUGGGUAUUCUUAAAUUACCUUAAUCUACCAACAAUGGUUUACAGAUUUUCUGUGUUGAGAACACACUUUUAAAAAUGCCUCUGUCAUUUUAUUUGAUUUGGAUGUCAAAGGGGUUCUGUUAAUAAACAACUUUUUUUCAUAAA